AUGCAGUUUGCAAAGGUAUUUGAUGAAGAGCAUGCAAGCACUCAAAAAACACAUUCUGCAUAUCUGUCUGGUAAAGAUCAAACUACAGGCACACUAAGGUCUCCAAGCACAUCGCAGCAGUUGGGAAAGUACAUUGCAAACGGACUCGACAUUCUUUCGCUUUCUGACAUGAGGAUUUCAAUUGAUAAGCAUCAGUGCACGGAUGAAGAUGCAAGCACUGAGGACCUGAGGAGUGAAGAGCUGUUUGGCUGUGGAGAUUUUUCUACUGAGAAUGCAGAUACGGGAGACAAUGUGUAUCUUAGCAGUAUUUAUGAGAUAUAUUCAAAGCUGAACAUGAAGGUUGAGAAGUUGCUUGCAAGGGAGUAUUUUGACAAGACAUUUAUGAAGCAGAUAUUGGAAGAGGCAUGCAUUGGAAAUGCUGCAAGGAUAAGGGACAUGGUUUGCAAGGAGAUGCGUGACAGAGACUCGUUAUUUCCUGUGGAUAAGUAUAGGGCACAAAGGAUGGAGCAUAGGCAAGUAGAAUGCAAGCAGAUGCACGGGAUGGUAGAUGUAUGCAGCAUGAUUAAGGAUGUACAGGAAAUGAUGGAUGAUGUUGAAUGUGUUGUUGUGAUUGGUAAGAAGCUGAGAAGGAUGUAUGCAGAGACAAGGAGGGAGGUGCUUGAGGUGGAGCUGAAUUUGUCAAGAGCAUGCAGCGACCUGACAAGACAACUUGAUGCAUGCUCACGAGAGCUUACAAGUCGAGAGAAGGAAAUUGAGGCAUUGAGAGCGAAUGAAGAAUUGAUUGUGAAUGGUAUGAAACAGAUAAGCAGCGAUGCAUGCAAUGGAGAGAAAAUGAUCAUUGAGAAUGGAGGCCUGAGUGAGCUGCAGCCAGUUGUAAUGAUGCAAAUAUUGAAUAAUGCUAAAAACGAGUAUAUGAGCAUGAAACAGAGCAUUGAAAGAAUGAAGCAAAAAGUGAAUGAGAUGCAUGAAGAAAACCUUGGCAUGAAAGAGGCAAUUGAGAAUUACAAGCAACAGAUCAGAAAGAAUGAAGAGACCGAAAGGGAGCUUGGAAUACUGAUGAAUGAAAACAUCCGGUUUUCUGAGGCAAUAACAAAGCUGUGCAGCAAGAACUCAAGAGCAAAGAACGAUCUGAAUACUACAAGAGAUAUGCUGAAGCAAGCAAACGAGGCAAUAAAAUGCAAGAAUGCAACAAUAAGCAAGCAGAGAAAGAUAAUAGAUGUCCUCCAAUCUCGGGUUGGAGAAGAAUACUUGCUGCCAAUGAACGAACUCCAAGAGAAAGUGGAUGAUCUGAAAGCACAAAUCAGCCAAGAAUGCAACAUGCAUGAAAGGGAUAGGCUAAGCCAGCAGAUCGAUGAUUACGAAAGAAGAAUAGCCGACUUUCUUUGCCUCAUAAAACGAAACUAA